CCAACUUUUCCUCAUCAUAAGUUAGGUGAAUUCUUAUCUGCAAUGUUGUCUCUACAAUCAAUGACCUUCCUUGGAUUUGCUGAUGAUGUCUUUGAUAUUCGAUGGAGGUAUAAACUUUUAUUACCAACUAUCGCGUCUAUUCCUUUGUUAAUGGUGUACUAUGUAAAUUUUGGAGAGACUCAUAUAAUUAUGCCAAUACCGCUACGAUUUCUAUUUGGACGGUUUGUAGAUUUGG